AUGGCAACCUAUCCUACAGAUGAUCAAGACUUCAAAAAUGCUUCGGCAGGACUCGUGAGUCGGAUGGAAAAUUGUAUCAUUCAUUCCGAUACUGAUGAAUCUGUCGUGGUCUGGGACAAUCAAACCUACGAAUCAUUCAUCAAUGAUGAUGCAACUUGUCCUAAAGAAGUUGAUCCAUCCCUAUUCAGACAAUCUCAACUUUGUGUUAAGCAGGGACUUUUUGAAAUUGUCAAGGACAAGAUAUAUCAAGUUCGUGGCCUCGAUGUUUCCAACAUGACCUUCGUUGAGACGAUCGAUUCAAAUGGUGUUGUGGUUAUUGAUCCAUUGACUUCCAUUGAGACUGCCAAAAAAGCUAUUGAAUUAUAUCAAGGGUAUCGUAAAGACAAGAAGAUUUUGGCGAUGAUUUAUACACAUUCUCAUGCUGAUCAUUUUGGUGGUGGGAAUGCGGUUGUUGAGGCUUCCGGUGGCACCCAAGAACACCCAUACGAUGGUACUCUACAGGACAUAUACGCACCGGCUGAUUUCCUUGACCAUGCUGUGAGUGAAAAUGUUUUUGUUGGUGUAGCAAUGGGUCGUCGAGCUGUAUACAUGUACGGCGAAUCGCUCGAAAAAUCUCCUACAGGACAAGUUGGAACUGGCUUAGGCAUGGCUACAUCAACUGGUGCUAGCUCAUUGAUUCCUCCAACAAUAAGCAUUAGUAAGACGGGAGAUACAAGGAAGAUUGAUGGUUUGGAUAUCAUUUUUCAGGUGACUCCUGGAACUGAAGCACCUUCGGAAAUGAACUUCCACUUUCCUCAAUAUAACGCUCUGUGUAUGGCGGAGAAUGCAACUCAUACUUUACAUAACCUUCAAACACUAAGAGGUGCAUUGGUUCGUGAUGCUCGAGUCUGGUCUCGGUAUUUGGACGAAGCAAUCGUUCUUUUUGCCGACAAAAGCGACGUUCUAUUCGCUAGUCAUCACUGGCCAACUUUCAAAACUGAUGGAGGCAAAGAAAUCAUCGAGUUUUUGUCCGGACAACGAGAUCUCUACGCCUAUCUCCACAAUGAAACUCUUCGUCAAAUUAACAAUGGUCAAGUAGGCAUAGAAAUAGCAGAAACAUUUCAAAUGCCUUCUUCUCUAGAAUCAAUCUGGAAUGCAAAAGGUUAUUAUGGUUCCGUCAGUCAUAACGUCAAAGCCAUUUAUGAUCGCUACAUGGGCUGGUUCGAUGGUAAUCCAGUCCAUUUAUGGGAACAUCCACCCGUUGCUAUCGCAAAACGCUAUGUGUUUUGCAUGGGAGGCAUAGAGAAUGUAAUUAAACUAGCCCGAGAAAAUUACAUCAACGUCUCCUCACCCGAUUACCGAUUUGCCGCAACCCUCUUAUCCCACGCCGUCUUCAGCGAUCAAACCAAUGUCGAAGCUAAAACCGAACUCGCAAAUGUCUUUACAAAACUGGGAUACGGGUCGGAAAAUGCCACAUGGCGUAAUUUCUAUCUGUGUGGUGCAAAAGAAUUACUAGGUCCCAUUCAACCAGCUCUGAAUGCUAUGGACACUGCUACCUGGAUGGCUCUCUCCAUCGAACAAUUAUUAGACUCGAUGGCGAUCCGCAUCAACGGACCUCUCGCAAUAGCCAAUAAUACCAAAUCCUUCCAAAUUGAAGUCAUGCUCUCUGAUGUACCAAUGAGCGAUGCAAGUGCCGAUAUAUCAGGCUGGCAUAUCAAUUUCAGUAAUGCAGUUAUGACGGAUCAUGAGAUUAAGUAUUCUGACACGGUGGUGAAUACGGAUGUGGAUUUGACGAUGUGGGUUACGCAUCAACAGUUUGUGGAUUUGGCGAUUGGGAAGAGGAUGGAUUUUGAGGGGUUGAAGACGGAGGGGGAUGAGGGGGUUUGGGGGGUGUUGUUUGGGUUGUUGGAUAUGGGGAAUCCGGGGUUUGCGAUUGUGACGCCGGAGGCGUAG